AUGUCGAUAUUCUCUAGCACAGUGGCCACGGUGCCCAACUACUCCUACUAUGCCAUCCCCGCAGCCUGGGUCCUGGCUUUCCUCCCGCACCCUUACGCGGCCGCUCUUUCCAAGGGACAGUUUAAGAACGCCCAUCCUCGUCAGUUGCUCCACGACCUGAUGGCCAAGAAGACCAAGACCGAGACCGACAAGAAGAUCAUUCGUGCCGAAAGUGCUCAGUUGAACGGCUUUGAGAACUUGGGCUGGUUCGCAGCUGCUGUUGUUGCUGCAAACGUCGCAAGGGUUCCAAACGGCCAGUUGAACCAGUUGACUGCUGGUUACCUCCUGAGCAGGGCUAUCUUCAACUUGCUCUACAUCUUUGUCACUGACGAGACGACAGCUGCUCUCCGCAGUGGUUCGUUCGUCGCUGGUAUCGGUAUCAUUUUCACUCUUUUCAUCAAGGCUGGUCUGCGCUCUGUCUAA